AACGCGCACCAGCGAGCGGCGGGCUCCGCGGAGGGGCGGGCGGAGGCGCGGGGCGGGGGGAGUCGGAGCGGGCGAGAGACCGUGAGAGGCACCGAGACAGUCAGAGACCCCGAAUCCCCCAACCCCCGCCCCCGCCUCGAUGGGGGCCCCCGGGCCGACCGCAGCCACCGGGGAGGGGAGGACGGGACCGCCGCCGCCGCAGGCCCGGAGAGAGGAGGACGCGACCCCCGAGCCCGGCCAGCCGCUCGCGCAGACCUGAGACCCCCCAGACCCCCGGCGGGGGGAGGCGGCGCCCGGGAGGCGGGGACGGUGCGCGGGGCCUGCGGAGGACGCGCGGAGACAAAGAGCCCCCGCCCCUGGCGCGGCGUCUGGGCUGCGGCGUCUGGGCGCGCGCGGGGGUCUCCGGGCCGGACCCUCCCCCUCCCCUCCCUCCUCCCCUCCCCGUCCCCGCUCCCGGCCCCGCCCCACGGAGGAGACGCGCUUUGUGCUGGGCGCCGGCCGCGCCAGGUGAGGGGCUCCGGGGCGGGGGGCGCGGACCCAGCCUCCUCCGCCGCCCGGGACCCCCGUUCUCCCGGACGCCCCCCACCCCCACACGGGGACCGGCUCCCGCCCCGAGACCCUCGGGCCAGGCCUGCCCCGCCCUCCUCGCAGAUCCCGGCCCCGACCCCCGGAUCCCGGGUGUGGGCGCGCCCGGAAGCCGCGUGCUGGGCCGGGGCGCGGGGAGGGCGCGCGGACGCCGCUCUCUCCAGCCUCAGUUUCCCCGGCCGCCCCUCCCCCGCCGGCGCCGGCCACCGUGCCCCCCCGGGCUCCGCCUGCGCGCCCCCCUCCAGCGCCGCUGUCUCCCCUCCAGCCACGGCCUGCGGCGCCCGCGGCACCAUGAUCUCCAAGGAGAAGAACAAGAUCCCGAAGGACAGCAUGACGCUCCUGCCCUGCUUCUACUUCGUGGAGCUGCCCAUAGUGGCUUCCUCCAUCGUAUCCCUGUACUUCUUGGAGCUGACCGACCUCUUCAAGCCGGCCAAUGUGGGCUUCCAGUGCUAUGACCGCACUCUCUCCAUGCCCUACGUGGAGACCAACGAGGAGCUCAUCCCACUGCUGAUGUUACUCAGCUUGGCCUUCGCGGCCCCUGCUGCCUCGAUCAUGGUGGCCGAGGGCAUGUUGUACUGUCUGCAGUCCCGGCUGUGGGGCCGCGCUGGGGGGCCCACCGGGGCCGAGGGCAGCAUCAAUGCCGGUGGCUGCAACUUCAACUCCUUCCUGCGGCGAACCGUGCGGUUUGUGGGUGUCCACGUGUUUGGCCUGUGUGCCACAGCCCUGGUGACGGACGUGAUCCAGCUGGCCACGGGUUACCACACUCCCUUCUUCCUCACCGUCUGUAAGCCUAACUACACGCUCCUGGGCACGUCCUGCGAGGUCAACCCCUACAUCACGCAGGACAUCUGCUCCGGGCACGACACCCACGCCAUCCUGUCUGCACGGAAGACCUUCCCGUCGCAGCACGCCACACUGUCGGCCUUCGCCGCGGUCUACGUGUCGAUGUACUUCAACUCCGUCAUCUCGGACACCACCAAGCUGCUGAAACCCAUCCUGGUCUUCGCCUUUGCCAUCGCCGCGGGCGUGUGCGGGCUCACGCAGAUCACGCAGUACCGCAGCCACCCGGUGGACGUGUAUGCCGGCUUCCUCAUCGGGGCAGGCAUCGCUGCCUACUUGGCCUGCCACGCCGUGGGCAACUUCCAGGCCCCACCUACAGAGAAGCCCGCGGCCCCGGCCCCCGCCAAGGACGCGCUGCGGGCCCUGACCCAGCGGGGCCACGACUCGGUUUAUCAGCAGAACAAGUCGGUGAGCACCGACGAGCUGGGGCCCCCGGGACGGCUGGAGGGCGCGCCCCGGCCCGUGGCCCGCGAGAAGACCUCACUGGGCAGCCUGAAGCGCGCCAGCGUGGACGUGGACCUGCUGGCCCCGCGCAGCCCCAUGGCCAAGGAGAACAUGGUGACCUUCAGCCACACGCUGCCCAGGGCCAGCGCGCCUUCGCUGGACGACCCCGCGCGCCGCCACAUGACCAUCCACGUGCCACUGGACGCCUCGCGCUCCAAGCAGCUCAUCAGCGAGUGGAAGCAGAAAAGCUUGGAGGGCCGCGGCCUGGGGCUGCCCGACGACGCCAGCCCCGGGCACCUGCGCGCACCAGCCGAGCCCAUGGCGGAGGAGGAGGAAGAAGAGGAGGAGGAGGAAGAGGAGGAAGAGGAGGAGGAAGAGGACGAGGAGGAGGGCCCGGCCCCGCCCUCGCUCUACCCCACCGUGCAGGCGCGGCCGGGGCUGGGGCCUCGGGUCAUCCUCCCGCCGCGCGCGGGGCCGCCGCCGCUGGUGCACAUCCCCGAGGAGGGCGCGCAGGUGGGGGCCGGCCUGUCCCCCAAAAGCAGCGCCGGGGUGCGCGCCAAGUGGCUCAUGAUGGCCGAGAAGAGCGGGGCGGCCGUGGCCAACCCUCCGCGGCUGCUGCAGGUCAUCGCCAUGUCCAAGGCCCCGGGCGCGCCGGGCCCCAAGGCGGCCGAGACGGCGUCGUCGUCCAGCGCCAGCUCCGACUCCUCGCAGUACCGGUCGCCGUCGGACCGCGACUCCGCCAGCAUCGUGACCAUCGACGCGCACGCGCCGCACCACCCCGUGGUGCACCUGUCGGCCGGCGGCGCGCCCUGGGAGUGGAAGGCGGCGGGCGGCGGGGCCAAGGCGGAGGCCGACGGCGGCUACGAGCUGGGGGAUCUGGCGCGCGGCUUCCGCGGCGGGGCCAAGCCCCCGGGCGUGUCCCCCGGCUCGUCGGUCAGCGACGUGGACCAGGAGGAGCCGCGGUUCGGGGCCGUGGCCACCGUCAACCUGGCCACGGGCGAGGGGCUGCCCCCGCUGGGUGCGGCCGACGGGGCACUGGGCCCGGGCAGCCGGGAGUCCACGCUGCGGCGCCACGCGGGCGGCCUGGGGCUGGCGGAGCGCGAGGCGGAGGCCGAGGCCGAGAGCUACUUCCGCAAAAUGCAGGCGCGCCGCUUCCCCGACUAGCGCGGCGGGGCCGGGGGCGGGCGGGCGGGGGACGGGGGUGCUCAAUAAAGCGGCGGAAACC